ACCUUCUUCAUUUUAUAUUUGGAACUUGGAGAGGAGAGGGAGGUGUUGGGGAACUGGGCGCUAUGGGGUGGUCGCCUGAGAGGUGCUGGGCACAUGCGCUUGAGAGGUGCUGGGCGCAUGCGCUUGAGAAGUGCUAGGCGCCUAACAGGUGCUGGGCACCUGGUUGAGCGCCUGAGAGAUGUUGGGCGCCUGGGCUAG